AUGAAUAGGGUAAAUAUUGAUGCUCCAGUUAUAGUAAGAUCAGAUUAUAAGCAGAAGAUAGAGUUUUUAGGGAGAUACAAGGUUGUUAAGUAGAUAGGACAAGGUACUUUUGGUACUGUUUACAAAUGCUCAACUUACAAAGGAUAUGAGUAUGCUAUAAAAUAGAUCAACAAUAUCAAAAUGAAAAAAAUGAUGAAUAAUGAGCUUGAUGCGCUCAAGAGUGUUAAUUCUAAGUACGUUGUCAGGUAUUAUGAGGUCUUUUAUGAUAAGCAAGACCAUCCUUGUAUUGUCUUAGAACUUUGUGAAGGAGGCACGUUGUCUGAUUUGAUGAAAAAAUUCCAUAAUCACUGCAUCCCAGAAAAGAUAGCUCUAAAUUUAUUUGUUUAGAUUUUAGUAGGAUUCAAAGAAAUAUAGAAAGCUAAUCUUAUUCAUAGAGAUGUUAAAUUGUAAAAUAUUCUCUUGAAAAAUGACUAGCCAAAAAUAGCUGACUUUGGUCUUGUUACUUAGUAGUAAAAGGAUAAAGUUGAUGGGUUUGCAGGGACACCUAUGUAUAUGGCUCCUGAAAUUUUAGAUGGUAAAAACUACGAUUAGCAAGUUGACAUUUGGAGUUUGGGUGUUUUGCUUUAUGCGAUGAUGUUUAAUGAUUUUCCAAUAUGUGAGUAAACAACCUACAUGUAACUUGAGAGAAUUAAGAUGGUUUGCACUCCAGAAUUUAACUUUGAGAAAGCAAAGAAAAGUAAAUACUAAAACAUUAGGUAAGAAACAGUUGAGCUUCUACAAAAGAUGUUGAAUAUUGAUCCGAGCAAAAGGAUUACACUAAACUAGCUGUUGGAACUCCCUAUUAUAAAGGAGCAUGAUAUGCAAGGUGAUUUAGUACCAAAAGUCGAGCCUGUUGUUUUAGAUGAAAAUUAAAUAGUUUACAAGUAAAAAAUGCAGCUCAAAUCACUUAACAGCUUGUAAGUAGAAACAUCUCCAAUCGUAAAAAAACUGAAAUUAUUUGAUUUUUCAUCAUCGAUUCAGCAAGUAUUACCAGAAGAAUCUAGAGAAGACGAUACACCGUCUGCAGACAGACUUUCGCCAGUUGAUAGUGUCCAAAAUGAAAACGAAUCCCCAAGUGAAUCUUAAAAGAAAAAUAAGACUGAAAGUCAAGAAGAAAAUACAUUCCAAAUCAGUCAAUUUGGUAAUACGUAAAAGCACAUUUAUGAAGUGCAUCUAUUACCAUAUAAUUAAAUGCUAAAUAGAAUUACUCAGCUGAUAGAUGUAUAUGAACUUUUUGCAAACGGAGAUAACAUUAUUAUCAGUACUGAAUUUAAUACUAACGAAAUUAAUUUAAUUCUUUAUUUCCUUUCGAGGAUUAUUCUUUUCUACUUCCAAGGCUUAAACAAAAUUCUUGAUGAACGUGAUAACACUUAUAAUCUAGACCAUUGGUCGCAGUUUAUAUUUAGCAAAUCUUACUUAACAAUAUUCUCUUAAGUUUAACUUGAAAUGCAAAUAUGGAUGGAAAAGUCAACCAUUCUUUACAAUCACUUAAAAUUGAUAGAGCUUGUUCCUAUUUAAGUGAAAGAAAUUGAGCAUUUGGAAAAGACAUCAGACAAAGAAUAAGAUUUAGAAGAUGAAAUUGACGAAACUACUGACUAAGAAAACAAAACCGAGACUUCGAGUGAAAACUAGGAACAAAAGCUAGCAAAAGGUACAAACAAGAAAUCAGAAAAAGCAAUAAAAGGCAAGUAAGGCAAAAGCACUCUCAAACUCCUUCCUGAUAUUAUAGAAAAUAUUAUUUCACCUCUAGAGACCUCAGCUCCAUAGGAUUACUCUUUUUUACAAUCUAAUCUACCUGAUUAGAUAAAGAUAGCAUUUAGAGCUGUAAUGAUGACUGCAUACACUCGUCUACAAAACUCAUAUAAAGAGGAUAAAUCGAUUCAAUCAGCAUCUUAAGGUGAUGGACACUCUUAUUCAGCAACACUAUCAAGUCUCUCUUAUAUAAGUUCACCAUAGCAAAGCCUGCAUUUAAUUGGAUCAUCUAAAAGUCACUCUAAUCUUAAAUCUGUAAAAUAAAAUCACAAUAGUUUAGUUUUUAAUUAAUCUCCUCAGCACCAAUCAGCAGCAGCAUCAAGCACAACUAAGCAAGUAAGUUAAAGUAUUACAAAUUUAUCUGCCUUAACCAAAAAGACAGUAUAACCUAAUAGCAUUUCGAGUAACAAUAAUAGCGUAAUAAAAAAAAUAACAAAUAGCUCAGCAAGUACAACACCUUUGAGUGCUCAAUCUAGUAUUAAACAAAGUAGCUAAGCUCAAACAAUUAAAACAGCAAAUAACUCACCAUAAGUUGUAACAUCUACAUUGAAGCAGCUAGCAACUUCCAAUAACACGAAGAGCUUUUCCAGUUUUGCAACCAAUAAAUAACUUUAAAAUAGCUCUAUAAACUAAGCUAUAACACCUAGUAAAACAUCUCCCUCCUAGUCUAAAUAAUUCACUUUUCAAUAAAAUAAAAAUACACAAUAAUCAAGCAGUUUAAUUUAAAAAUAAACAGUAAAACCAUAAGCAGCAGCAUCAUCUUCAGUUGCAACCAAAACAUAAGUUAAUAGCAUAUCUGCAUAAAAGUCGCCCUAAACUCAAAAAGCAAAUUUAAAAUCAAAUAAACCAGAAAUAAAACCUAAUAAUUCUAGCUUGCCAAUUUCUUCUUAGUAAACUUAACCCAAAACAAAUAAUAAAAUAGCUUAAUCGAAUUUAAAUCAAAUAAGUAAUACCUAAAUAGAAGAAGAUUAAACUCAGCAAGCAGAAUUUGAAAAGAUGAAAUAUUCUUUAAGAAUUUUAUUAUGCUGUACUCUAAAUCAUUUUAUAUUGCUUGAUGAUUAAAAUAUAAAGCUCACUGAAUUCUAAAAAUAUUUAAGAUCUAAGUAUUAAAAUCAAGAUUUUAACAACGAUGUACUACAAAAAAAUUUCUUUUUAUGGCAGAGAGAAAUAGAAGAAGAAUCUUUGAAAGCUUAAAUAGAUCAAAUUUUCAAAAAUUAUCUGCCAAAGAUCUAAGAAUUCGAUAUAUCUUUUUUUUGA